AUCCACUCUUGGUUUAAUCUUCUUCUUCUUCAAAUUCACGACUGCACAAACCAGAGAAACAAACAGCUGUAAUCAAUCGCAAUCAUGGCGCAAAAGAAGAAAGAGCUGCUGUCAUCAGCGCCAUGGAGGAUGGGCCCACAAGAAGACGACAAAUUCAAGGACGCUAAGUUGAAGGUGACGUCACAGCCCGGUGCAACACCCAAAAUGCACGUCCCCGGCAAGAAGACUUUCGGUUCCAAAAACGACACCGCUGGGGAGGAUUCUCUCACUGAAAUCGACCCUGAACUUCGCUACAGCUUCCAGCGCAAUUUCCAGUUCCUUCAAAACGUCUUCAGCAUUGAUACGAUUGUCAAGCCCCUUCCUCCAACAAUGGCGUACAAUGUCUCGCGCAAUUUGUCCUUCUUCACAAGGAUCUUCACACAGUUCUUCGAUCCCGAUGGUAUAGCAGAUGCGCAGAAAUCGCUUGGAUUAGGUCAGGAGGAGAAAGCUCGUAAGGUUCGUUAAAACAACAAUACGUUUUUUGGUAGAAUGCUUGGCCAUAGAAAGAGCUCUUGUUUCCUUGUAUUCAUCUAAAUUAUUGUACAAUUGCUUCAGUUUCAAGGAGUUUUUUGUAUUUUAAAUGAUCAGAGACUCAUGAAUCUGAGCUCCCAUAUAUCUAAAUCAAUUGUCUAUUUUUAAAUGAAAA